AUGGCGCAUUGCAUAUGGCAGAUGAAGGACACGCGUCUUUCCUUUCGGCGCACCAAUAGUGAUCUCUGCUUCAUUGUCACGGAGAAGCUCCUGGCGCAUGUUUUGGAGACACAUUCCCCCAGCAACGACCCGAUUCCCGCAAUUGAGGCGGUGAAUGAUCUUUUUGGGCGGUGGUGCCGCCCUUUCUACAUGGAGAUGGUGACAGGCAAGGAUGAGAUGCAGGAAAUCCUUAGGGCCACCUGCACGGCGAUCGGUGGUAGCGACUGUCUCCUGCACCGGCGCGGCCCACAGCUGCUGGAGUGCCUCUAUAACGGCUGUGACGACGAGUUGUACGACAAGCGUGGGUACUGUAUUGUCACUGGUGAAUCUCUUGUGGAAUUCGGGGCGCGGGUGCGCAGGCUGACGCAGGAGCCUCAGAGCUUCGCCACGGAUGACGAGGAUAGCGCACGCGAGGAAGGAAUGCUGCGUGUGGCGGUCAGUUGUCUGACCUUCAUUGACGGCGUGCGUGCCUUUCUUGAAGAGGAAGAAGAGGACUGCGAGACAUGA